AUGCGACAGGAGAACUUUUACAAAGGCAGUGACUGGGACAAUGUGUAUGCUUUUCAGGCCGGGGUGGGGCCGAGGUCGCGGGCAGCGCCGUUCACGGUGGACCAGGACAACAACUUGGUGAUUGCAGGCGCGACUGAAGGCUUCCUGGAUGGCUACACCAACGCUGGCGAUUCCGACAUCUUCCUCAUGAAAUUUACGAGCAACGGCACCUGGCUCUGGACAGUGCAGCGAGGCAGUGCCUAUGAAGGGGUGGAGGAUCUUCAGGCCGGGGGCGGGGCAGCAAGGCAUCUUUGCAGGUUCCAGGUGGGUUUUGAGAGGUUUUUUCUUUUCGCCAUGCCUUCGAUGCUGGCGUUGACCGCUGGAUCCCCACUGCAGGUGGACCAGGACAACAACUUGGUGGUUGCAGGUGAGGGUUACGCCUCCCUGGAUGGCAACACGCACGCUGGUUCGGCCGACGUCUUCCUCAUGAAAUUUACGAGCAACGGCACCUGGCUCUGGACAGUGCAGCGAGGCAGUGGCUACGACGCGACGCAGGCUCUUCAGGCAUCUUUGCAGGUUCCAGGUAGGUUUGAGAGGUUUUUUCUUUUGGCGAUGCCUUCGAUGCUGGCGUUGACGGGGCUUCGUGAGAACUGGGUCAAGAAGGGCCCCGCUGGAUCCCCACUGCAGGUGGACCAGGACAACAACUUGGUGGUUGCAGGCUUCACCUUCUCCUCCUUGGAGAAUUACACCAACGCUGGCAGUGCCGACGCCUUCUUCAUGACAUUUACGAGCAACGGCGCCUGGCUCUGCACAGUGCAGCGAGGAGGCUCCAGGGCAGUUUUCUUGCAAGCUCCGUCUGAGCUGCUUCACUUUGCAGCCUUUCAAGAGAGACUGGUCCAGACUAGCUCCGGUCCGGGGCAGGGUGUUGCCCGUUUGCAGAAAGUCCCGAGCUUGGUGUGGGUUUGGGAGGAGGCGGGUCGGCUCCAUCCCCCACAGCAGGUUGACCGGGACAACAACGUGGUCGCUGCAGGCACGACCACAUCCUCCUUGGAUAACUACACCAACGCUGGCGUGAACGACGUUUUCCUUAUGAGCUUGGAGGCUUUGCUGCAGUACUUCCUUGCUGUAGGCGUUGUUCCACCUGCAGGGGGCUUCAUGUUCCUCUGCUUAGCUGGGCUUCGCUUCGGUGGUCCCCUGGCACUCCGGUGA